UCAGAGCCGUGCCGACCCUCGGCCCGAGACUGACUCCGAUUCACACGCAUAUAUUUUUGGCGGCCGAGUGCGGAAGACAAGAGGAGUGUGUCCACGCACUGUCCACGCUGUCCACCCUCAUGACCACUGUCCACAAGGAGGACGAACUGAAUGUGCGGCGCGGAAGGCUCGCGUAAAUUCGCCGGCGGCCAAUGGAAUCAACUUUUGAGGAGUUCGCUGGCCUGGCCGAGAGCCCGCACGGCCAGGCGGCCAAAAGGCUGCUCCUAGCGGGCUCGCCCGAUGGCGACGGCGUCGGCAAGAAGCGGCGCAAGCAGUCGCGGCCGAUCCGCAUCCCCAGCCCGUCGGACCCGUCCCUCGACCUAGUGCCGGCCGACGAGCCGUGCCGCGAGUCGACGCCGCCGACCAAGUCGGCGAUGCCGCCCAUGCCGCCGCUGGACCAACCGCAACAGAUGUCGACGGCGCCGCCGACGCCCUACCCCUACGGCCUGCUGCCGUCGCUGCUGCAGUUCUCGCCGCACUUCCUGCUGCCCAUGUUGCCAACCACUCCGUCGACGCCCAGCACGCAGGCGGCGACGGCCCAGACGCCGGGCUCGGCGGCGUCCACCUCGACGCCGUCGCGCAUCUUCAACAUGGAGGCGUACUGCGAGCUGUGCAGCAAGGAGUUCUGCAACAAGUACUUCCUCAAGACCCACAAGGCCAACCGGCACGGCAUCUUCGUCAAGGGCGGCGACACGCCCCCGGCGGCCAACACCCCGCUGCCGGAGGUGGUCACCAAGAUGCCCGGCGUCAGCGUCGGCGUCCCCGGCGUCGGCCUCAGCGUCAGCGUCGCCUCCUCGCCGCACAGCGGCGAGUCGAUGGUCAAGUUCACGUGCGACCUGUGCCCCAAGAAGUUCGGCUCCGAGUACACCCUGAAGCGGCACAAGGCCAAGUCGCACUCGGAGCCGGGCGAGCGGCCCGGCAGCGCCCCGCUGCCGCACCACCAGCAGCCGUCGGAGGCGGCCGAGACGCCGGCCACGGAGGCGUCGCCGCUGUCGCCGGGCCGGCUGCGGCAGCUGGGCGUCAUCAACGCCGACGCCUUCUGCGAGAUCUGCAGCAAGGAGUACUGCAACAAGUACUUCCUCAAGACCCACAAGCUGAAGCGGCACGGCAUCCGCGACCCCGAGGACCCGCUGCCCAAGGGGUGGCCCCUGCUGCAGACCAGCCCCCUCAACCUGACCGUGGCCGCCGAGCCGCCGAUGACCAACGGCAAAGGAAGCUGCAGCGGCGGCGGCGUCGACGCGGCAGGCUCGGAGCUGUCGUCGUCGCACGAGGAGGAGGGCCUCCUCGCGUCCUACCUGCAGCCCAAGGACGAGCCCGAGGAGGCCCGCGACCUCAGCGAGGACCUGCAGAAGCUGCAGACCAUGCUGCUGCAGCUGAACGCGCUCAACGGCGGCGCGGCGGCGGCGGCGGUCGCCUCGGACGCCGUCUUCGCGCCGCAGGCCGAGCAGAACGGCCAGGGGGUGGCAUCGUCACCGCCAAGGGCCGAGUCGGCGCCGCUCGACGGCGCCGAGCGCAAGGAGCCGGCCGCCGCCGGCAGCACGCACGACACGCACGACAUCACCGAGCCACUCGUCGAGGUCACCAUCAAGCAGGAGGCGCUCGACGAGCCAUCCGAGCAGCUGCCGCCGCUCGAGGACGUCGACGCCGCCGGUAGCUCGGGCCUCGCCGCCGCCUUCUCCUCCUCACCCUCGUCCGCCACCAGCUGCUACUGUGACAUUUGCAACAAGGAGCUCUGCAACAAGUACUUCAAGAAGGUGCACAUGCAGAAGAUGCACGGGAUCGAGAUAAAGGACAACGCGUUGAGCGGCGGCGUGCAGUGCGACAUCUGCCACAAGACGCUGUGCAGCAAGUACUUCGUGCGCGUGCACAAGCAGAACACGCACGGCAUCGUGGACCUGAGCGCGCCCCCGCUGCCGAGCAGUCCGCAGGUGGCGUCGUCGAGCGGCGGCACGCCGCCGCUCGACGCAGCGGGCCAGCUGAAGCCGAUGGACGGCGGCGUCGACCUGAAUCAGCGCUACUUCACGCACUUCAACAUCGUGUGCCCGCUGUGCAGUCGACGCUUCCGCAGCGCAAAGUGGUUGCGCGCGCACCUCGUCAACGACCACGCCGAUCAGGGCCUGGAGCUGGCGCGCGAGCUCGAGCCACGCCCCCUCGCGCAGGCGCAGCUGCCACCACCGCCGGCGCCGCCACAGGAGAACGAGGACGCGGCGCCGCGAAAUUACCACUGCUCGUACUGUUCGUUCGCCACGCCGGUGCUGUCGCUGCUGUUCGUGCACGAGCGCACGCACGCCGGCCUGGCGGCGGAGAUGCGUGCCCGGCAGCCGCCUCCACCGCCGCCUCCGCCGCCGCCGCCACCGCCGCCGUCCGAGCCGAAGCAGUCCGAUCGCGACGUGUGGCGGUCGCUGCGCGAGGCGGCGCGCGAGGCGCAGGUGCCGGCCACGUACGCCGUGCCUCAGGCGCCGCCUGACAAGUUCAUCAUGCAGCCCUUCCUGCUGGAGGAGCCGCCCGACGGUACUUUUGUUCCUUCCCUGGUGUUCCUGCCGGUCCGCGAGAAGGUCAGCGGCCAGCUGACCGUGUCCUUCACGUUGACCCCCGCAUAGUUGGCCCGCGGACGGCGGUCGCUCGGCGGACGCCUGUGAUUCCCGCCCCAGCCGCGCCCCCGACACGUGUUCCUCCGUCGGCCCGCCGCCGCAGCAGCCGCUGGCACGCAAAGGUUCCUCGCGCUUUUGCCUAUUCAGAUGUUCUCGCGUUUAAGAAGAAGAAGAAGAAGUUCACAAACACUUUCACACAUACACACGACACACACGUACACCAGGGUUUGCACAAUCACUCCAACGGGAAGAAAUCUGGAUUUGUUUUCUACAAUCAGUUGUUGAGCUAGACAGGCCCUGAUUAAAUUCUUAAAAAAUCACGUUCACUGGCUCCUUGGAAAAAUUCGAGUUUAAUGAUUCAGCUUCUUUUUUAGCCUGUUAUCAGCCAAAAAAUGAGGUUCAAUGUUUUUUUUGCUUUUGGCCAAAUUUUAGAUAGACAUUGAACAGGGUUGCUCGAC